CCCCACUUCCCACUGAAGAUGGAACCACCUGCAGAGCAGAGGGGACCAGCUGCAGCUGCAGGCCCAGCAGCUCUUGCUGGUCACAGCUGAUCCUGUGGCAAGCUUCAGGAGCUCCUGCCUUCUCCCUCCCUGUUGGCAGCUCCCUCCCUCCAGCCCCCACACCCUGCCCAUCCACGUUUUUCCCUCCCAGUUCACCCCUUUGCUUUGCCUUCCCUUAAUAAACACUUUGGCUUUUUCACGUGACUCGUGGCUCUCUCUGUGGAGCUGAAGCAGCACAAAUCCUGAGCCCGGGGACACGCAGGGCCCUGCUGCCGUUCUCUUCCACGCCGUCGUCUGUGCACGGGCAGAGAGGAACAAGGGCAGCUCAGGCUGCAGAGGUCCCUGUCCUGCUGCUCCAGUUGCACAGCACCAUAGAGUUGAAGGUCGUGCUGAGCACACUGAAGGGAGCAAGGACCCUGGGAUUUAGAAGAGCCAGCUUGAGUAUGCUCUUCCAUGGCAAACAUCCACCGAGGGCAAAGGAGCUUGCGGUGCCUUUCACUACGCCCAUCCUGUACUGAAGUGGCUGUUGUGAAAAAUACAGCCACCCCCAUGAAACUUAGCAGUGUGAAGAAACUGCUGCACAGCAACAGCUGAACUUCAGUGUGUCUGAGCCAGUGCUGCUGGCUCAAAUGCUGGGAGCAUUAUCUCUGCACCCUGGGACACUUCCCGGUUCCUGUGCCUUGACACUGCUUUCCCAUGGGGCUGGGGAAGGAGUUUGGCUCUAUGAACUGCCUGGUGCUGUGAAACAGGUUCAUUGUUGUCAGAUGAGGUGAUGGUGUGCACGUGUCCACGUCUCCCUGCCUUAGUGCCCUUUGUGAGCUUCUUACUUGAGCUGGAAUUUGUGGAGUGUUUAAAGCUUGCUGCCUUUUAUUUCUUUGCUCCUAUUCAGAGAAAUGAGUUGUUGAAGCCUUUGAAAUGUUCUGUUUUCAUCCUUAUGCAAGAUAGUGAGGAAUGCCUUCUUUUCAUCCCUUAGGCGUUGUCUGGUGCAGACUUGAGCAGUGCUGCUCGAGCCAUGGAGGGAGUGUGUGCUGCAGUUUGCACGGCUUUUUCCAUGGCUUAUUCUGGGUACUUUCUCACCCACCUGGCACGUCACAUCACCCGUGCCUGGAGAGAAUCCGGUCUUUGGAGCCCAGCACCAACCUCGGAGGAUCCUCUGGCUGCGUGUCUUCCUGCAGAAGAGGCCAAAGAAGAGGAAGAUGCUCCCCAAACUGCACCUGCUGCCACUGCAGGGCCUGAGCAUCCAGCAUCAAGCACAAGGGCAGCGUCAGCACCUACUCUGGCUGCCUCUGUACCCGAGGAAGAGGCUGAAGAGGAGGAAGGUGCCAAUGAACCUGGCCCUGCUGUCAGCCCACAGCCAGAGCAAACAACACCAAGCUCCAUCUCCUCUGUCCUGGCACCUGCACGAGCUGCAGCUGAAGGCUCGGGAGAAGGCUCCAGUGCCCAGGCUGGAAGCUCAAGCACGAGCAGCUCGUGCACCUGGAGCACGACCAGCUCGUCUGGCAGCAGAGAGCAGCAGCGAGAGAGGACAGAGGACAAGUGCCUGGCCAUGCUGAAGAUGCUGGUGAGCGAGGGAGAUCCUGAGGCUAAAUACACAGAACUGGAAACUAUUGGCAAAGGGGGUUUCGGCACUGUGUGCAUGGCAGUGGAGACUGCCACAGGAGAAGAGGUGGCCAUCAAGAAAAUUAGUCUCCUGCAAGAGAGCAGCAGCGAGCUGUGCCUGAAUGAAAUCCAGGUCAUGCGUGGCAGUAAGAAUGCCAACCUUGUGAACUAUGUAGACAGCUACCUGGUGGAUGAGGAACUCUGGCUGGUGAUGGAAUACAUGGACGGAGGUUCUUUACACGAUGUCAUCAGGGAGACUCACAUGGCAGAAGAAGAGAUAGCAGCUGUCUCUCGGGAGUGCCUGCAAGGCCUGGAUUUCCUUCACUCCAAGCAAGUGAUCCACCGAGAUAUCAAAAGCCACAACAUUCUCCUGGGCUUGGAUGGAUCAGUCAAGUUGGCUGAUUUUGGCCUUGCUGCUCAGCUCACCACCGAGCAGAACAAACGGAGAUCAGCUGUUGGAACGACUUACUGGAUGGCGCCAGAAAUUUUCACCAGGAAGCCCUACGGCCCCAAAGUGGACAUCUGGUCCUUUGGCAUCGUGGGGAUCGAGAUGGUGGAAGGAGCGCCUCCGUACCUGAUGAAAACCUCCCGCACGGUUCAACAGCUGAUAAGCACCAGGGCCCCCCCGAAGCUACAGAAGCCCAGGCAACAGUCGGCGUGGCUGCGAGACUUUCUGCACUGCUGCCUGGAGAGGGACGAGGACAGGCGCUGGUCUGCCCAGGAACUUCUGCAGCAUCCGUUUGUAACAUCAGCCAAGCCAGUCUCCACCCUGACGCCUCUGAUCAUGGCCACGCAGCAGUUCAUGGCUGACAGCAGAUUCUAGCCCUGGAGGAGGCCUUUGUUAUUGUUUGUAGUUUGUAGUUUGUAGUUUAUAGCUUGUAGUUUGUAGUUUGUUAUGAGUGAUAGUCAGAAUAAAUACUAUAAUAAAUAAAUAAA